GCGACACAGAGGGAUAAAGAAAGGGGAGUGAGAAGAGAGAGAGAGAGAGACACUGCAAAGAAAAGCUAGUGGGAAGUAGGGGAUGGGAAGGAGGAGGCUCGCGAGAAAGAGGAUAGAGGAGAGGAGUGUGGGAGAGAGGGAGAGAAGCAGGGAGAGGAGGGUCACAGAGUGACCGUGGAGGAUGGUGUUUCAAUAUUCCAGAUGCUUCUAGGAUUGGAGGUUGUUUGUUGGUGAGGAGACUCAGGCUCCGGCAGCCAGUUGGGCAGCGGCAAAAUAAAAUGGACAGCGAGAGACAGACGUUUCAGCCACCUCUCUGUCGCCGAGAGGUCCCGGAGCUGUUCUCUGGCCAACUCGUUUCCCAGCUAGAGUCCCUGAAAGCGCUGGAUGAGGGGAGCCCAGGGAGCCCCUAGAAGCUGUUCCUCGGAGAUGCCUUCGCCAGAGCAGUAAGAACUUCCUGCUUGAGCCCCUGCAUCCCCUCUCCCUGAAACUCCCGGAAGAGAGGGGCGGCAGACCCCAGGGGGAGGGGCGAGGGGGAUCCCAGUGCAGCGAUUUCUCCCCUCCCCCUCCCCCCUCCAGGCGUGCAGGCAUGGAUGUGCUCAGCCCUGGACAGGGCAACAACACCACAUCCUCUGAAGGUCCCUUCGGGACAAACAACAAUGUUACUGGCAUCUCCGACGUGACUUUCAGCUACCAAGUGGUCACCUCUCUGUUGCUGGGCACGCUUAUCUUCUGUGCAGUGCUGGGCAAUGCGUGCGUGGUGGCCGCCAUCGCCCUGGAGCGCUCCCUGCAAAACGUGGCUAACUAUCUCAUUGGCUCGCUGGCCGUCACCGACCUCAUGGUGUCGGUGCUGGUGCUGCCCAUGGCCGCGUUAUACCAGGUGCUCAACAAGUGGACGCUGGGUCAGAUCACCUGUGACCUGUUCAUUGCCCUGGACGUGUUAUGCUGCACCUCGUCCAUCCUGCACCUGUGCGCCAUCGCGCUGGACAGGUACUGGGCCAUCACGGACCCCAUAGACUACGUGAACAAGAGGACGCCCCGGCGCGCCGCUGCGCUCAUCUCGCUCACUUGGCUCAUUGGCUUCCUCAUCUCCAUCCCUCCCAUGCUGGGCUGGCGCACCCCUGAAGACCGCUCGGACCCCGACGCGUGCACCAUCAGUAAGGACCACGGCUACACUAUCUACUCCACCUUCGGCGCUUUCUACAUCCCGCUGCUGCUCAUGCUAGUUCUCUACGGGCGCAUCUUCCGAGCCGCACGCUUCCGCAUCCGCAAGACAGUCAAGAAGGUGGAGAAGAAGAGUGCGGACACCUCCCUUAGGGCGUCACCAGCCCCGCAGCCCAAAAAGAGCGUAAAUGGGGAGCCGGGGAGCAGAGAAUGGAGGCAGGGCGGGGGGCACAAGAGUGCGGGGACUCAGUGCGCCAAUGGAGCGGUGAGACGGGGCGACGACGGCGCAGCCCUGGAGGUGAUCGAAGUGCACCGGAUGGGCAAUUCCAAAGAGCACCUGCCGCUGCCCAGCGAGGCCAGUGCUGUCCCCUGCGCCCCCACCUCCUUCGAGAAAAACAAUGAGCGCAACGCUGAGGCCAAGCGCAAAAUGGCCCUGGCCCGCGAGAGGAAGACGGUGAAGACGCUGGGCAUUAUUAUGGGCACAUUCAUCCUCUGUUGGCUGCCCUUUUUCAUCGUGGCCCUGGUCCUGCCUUUCUGCGAGAGCAGCUGUCACAUGCCCACCCUGUUGGGCGCCAUAAUCAACUGGCUGGGCUACUCCAACUCUCUCCUUAACCCUGUCAUUUACGCCUACUUCAACAAGGACUUCCAAAACGCCUUUAAGAAGAUCAUCAAGUGCAAAUUCGGCCGCCAAUGAUGAUGUAGCCGGCGAGUAGUCCGGCCCCAUCCACCCUGCCUCCCCCCAGCCCUCAGAGUCAACAGCUAUAGUAACUUGCCACUUUUUCUCUGACUUUGCUGCUCCGCCUUCGGCUUCCAGACCUCUUCUGCCCUCCCCACCGCCCAAUCCUCUGCGCAGAGGGACGGCACUCAGUGCAAAAAGGCGCAAACGGCGUGGUUGGAGGGCCCGGGAAACUUCCCGGCUUUGAGAGCAGCAACCUUGUCUCUGACUUUGGCCUCAAAAUUAGUUUUGUCCCAGCAAUUGCCUCCUCCUUCUGCUCCACAGAUUUUCGCGGCGGCAGUUUAAGACUCAGCUGUUCAGGGCAAAAAAUCCACACAGAAAAAGAAAUUGUACACCUAGCCGCCACACCCACUAAUGGAUCCCAGCUGCUUGCCCCACUGCUAGAACUUGGACUUAAGGUUCAGGGCUUUGCCCCAUGCACAUUACUCCUGCCCUGGAAACGUUCACUUUUUAUCGGUUUCACCGCUUCUUUCCUUUCCCAGUUUCCCUUUAUGCCCUUGCCAGACUCUGUGCACUAUUUACUAGUCGGGAAAAGGUGGGAGGGUCUGCUUUCCCUGGUGGCUGUGGUGUCCCCUGGAAUCCCCGCCUCCCUCUGUAGACUCGCAGAAUAACACCCCCGCGCACAGCUCAUUGCUUUGUUUUCCUGGAUUCAAAACAAGUGGCCAGAAGCUGUCUCUUAGAGUGAACUUGUAAGUACAAGGCUGGACCGUGGGAAAAAGUGAGGAAGGAGUGCGGAACGAUUUCAUCCGCGAUUGUCUUGGGGUCAGCAUUCACCAGAGAAAGUGACAGCGGGAAGGGAGAUCGGACUUCUGUUUGUUUGGGUGCUCCCGGUGAGUCUACACGUGCUGGCAUCGCCACUUACCUGCUGCGGGAGGCGCGCGCCGGCCAGUGUGCGCGUUGGAGACGCCCAGCGGCCUGGGAUCCGAGCGCUUUCCCAGGCGUCCGCGGUUUGGUGUGCGCUCCGCCAGCGACCAGAGGACUGAUCCCAACUAGGUCUAUUCCUCCGCCUACGCCCUGGACAAACGGAAGUGCAGCUAGACACCGUUAUUUGCCAGUGCAGGCGGCGCUAGAUGCCACAGAGCUCUGGGAGCCGAAAGACUCAGAAGGCCCAAGGGGUGGCGUGGUCUGGCAUCCAGGAGGCAGGGCGCCUCAGUGCGCGGGGCCAGGCACUCCCCGAGGCACCUGAAAGGGUAAUUUCAUCCAAAGGAUGCAGACUCUUGCCUCCUAAUUCAUCCCCUCGACCUUUUCGGAUAGGGGAAUAGCUCUGUGUAGGAGUCCUAACACUACACAGGGUUUGUUCUGCAGGACGUCCAGGACACAUAGUUACCAGGACCUUGGUUUCCAAAUAGGAAUUCUGGGCUUGCACUGGAACGGGUUCUGAUAAGUUUAGCACUAUCUGUGACCUAAUAGGCGGUUACCUCAAAUACUGGGACUCUAAAGGCCUAGCUAGGGGUAUUCUCCCUGGGGAGACCCAGAGAGGUUUGUACAGGGUUACACUGGCUUCUUGGCUUGAUUAACCUUCCCCACAGGUCUACGGAAAACGGCUUCUUGCUCUUUGAAUUUCUGGAGCACUCCAAGCUUUCUCUCGACUGAAAGUUAUUCUUUCAGCCUUGCCACUCCUGAUAAGAAACCGUUUAAAAUCUUCACUGCCCCAGAAAGGAAGUUAUUUCGGUGCUCUGUUUGAAUGUAAAUUUCCACCCACAUGACCUGACUGGAUCAAGAGGUUUGUUAUGGUUAGAGCUGGCCUCUAAUUUUCUGAUGAAUAAUGGUUUCGUUUUCCAGCUGUUGUAGGAAGUUACUGAUUCUUACUCCCCUCUCCCUUCAAAUGUACCUUUUGAAUGUUUGCAUCCCUGUUUUGAGAACCGUGUUGAAAAGUUACCAGAGAAAAGUUCACUUGUGUUUAAAAUUAAGGUGAAAAGACAGCUCUAUCACUUGAAGCCAUUUGAUUGUUUGUUAAACUGAACAAAGCCUCCACUUGGUAUCUUUUGCUCUAACUUAAGCUGAGAGUAAGCGUUACAUUCCGUUAAAAAAAGAGAAAGUAUGAAGAACUCUGGGAACUCAGUGGAUGGUCUGUCUAUGCAUAUGUAAUGUCGAUAAGGGGCGAUGGUGGAGAAAAUAAGGUCGACUUGUCCAGUCUAACAAUUAUUCAUUUGAAAAUUCAAUUUCUUUUUUUCUAACAAUAAUUUCAGUAGAGCUAUAUGAAAAAAAACAAAAAAAAAACUUUUCUGUAUGUCUUCCCAAAUCUUUAGAACAAAUUCCAUAUUUAAAAUAAAUAGUCCAAAGUUUGCUCAUCCAAAUUAUGCCUUGGCCAGCAAAUAUUACAUUUGAAGUUUUAAGACUUCCAGUUAUUUGUGUCUUUUACAGAACUGCAUGGCAAAGGUUUGAGGAUAUUCUUCCUGUUUGGGAGGAUUUACACAAGAAUAGGGAAGGAGCAUCCAAUUGGAGUACAAUUGCCAAGGCAAUAGAGAAAUUAGGAAUAUAUGCAAAAGAGCUGCAUAGCAGUAAAGAGCCCCUGGUGAUUUUUUUUCUUUUAAAGUAUUUAUAUUAAGGUAAAGUAUAUAUGCAUCACAAUUGGCCUUCAUUCUUCCCUGUGACAAUAAAGGACUCUAAUAAUGGUAAUGCUAUAAUAAACGAAUACA